GGUGUAAUUAGUGGGCCUGUCUCGUGCGUUUCGUUGUGUAGACUCUGAGUAGCUGUUUUGGACUCAUAAUAUCACCACACCUUAUUUUUUUGGAUAGCUUCAUGCACAGAUGUUACAUCAUAUUCCACUGGAUAUUUGCAUGGAAUAGUUUUGGAUCCAACUGAUAUUUUUGUUUCUUUCUUCAUGGAUGGCAUGGCUUUUGAAGGAAUGUGAUUUUUGAUAGGUGUUUGCAAGCUCGUGGGAAAUACUAAGCAAAGUUACUGUUCAAGUGAAGUUUCAUUCCAAAGAUGGAUCAGCAGGCAGCUGGAGGGGAGGACCCAAAUAAACCCUCCAAAAAGAAAUCCAGUGAGGAUGAGAGCAAAAACAAAAAACUGAACAUACACAUAAAAACAUUGGCUGAUGACAUGAGUGACAGAAUCACCAGUUUUCGAAAGCAAGGCAUGAAGAAGGAGAAGCCCCUUAUCCAGCACCCCACAGACCCUAUCUCCACCCAGACCGAGCUGCCUGUGCCCCAGCCACUGUUUGACGAGUGCUCCAUGAACCUGUCAGAGAAAGAGAUUGUGGACUUGUUUGAGAAGAUGAUGGAGGACAUGAACCUGAAUGAAGAGCGCAAGGCCCCCCUGAGAGGGAAAGACCUGAGCACUAAACGAGAGAUGGUUGUCCAGUACAUUUCUGCAACAGCCAAAUCUGGUGGACUGAGGAACAGCAAGCACGAGUGUACGCUCUCGUCACAGGAGUACGUGCACGAGCUGCGCUCAGGCAUCUCAGAAGACAAACUGCUCAACUGCCUGGAGUCCCUGCGUGUGUCCUUGACCAGCAACCCCGUCAGCUGGGUGAAUAACUUUGGCCAUGAAGGUCUCGGGCUGCUUUUGGAUGUGCUGGAGAGGCUUCUUGACAAGAAACAGCAAGAGAACAUUGACAAGAAGAACCAGCAUAAACUCAUUCAGUGCCUCAAGGCCUUCAUGAACAAUAAGUAUGGCCUCCAACGAAUCUUGGGGGACGAACGAAGCCUGCUCCUCCUUGCAAGAGCGAUCGAUCCCAAGCAGACUAAUAUGAUGACUGAGAUUGUCAAGAUUCUGUCAGCUGUUUGUAUCAUCGGAGAGGAGAACAUUCUGGAUAAGAUCCUGGCAGCCAUGACCAUUGCUGCAGAGAGGAAUAAUAAGGAGAGGUUUGCUCCGAUAGUGGAGGGGCUGGAGAACCAUGAAGCCCAGCAGCUACAGGUGGCCUGCAUGCAGCUGAUCAAUGCCCUCGUUACAUCGCCAGAUGAUUUAGACUUCAGGAUACACUUACGAAAUGAGUUUCUGCGCUGCGGCCUCAAGAAGAUCCUACCAGAGCUGAAGGAGACAGAGGAGCUCGAUAUUCAACUGAAGGUGUUUAAUGAAAAUAAGGAGGAGGAUUCCAUCGAACUGUCUCACCGACUAGAUGACAUCCGCGCAGAGAUGGAUGAUAUGGGUGAGGUGUACCAUCUCCUGUCCAACAUGGUGAAAGACACGGGCUCAGAAUCAUACUUCCUAUCCAUCCUCCAGCACCUGCUGCUCAUCAGAAAUGAUUAUUAUAUCAGGCCUCAGUAUUACAAGGUGAUUGAGGAGUGUGUUUCCCAGAUCGUCCUCCACCGUAGUGGGAUGGACCCUGAUUUUGCCUACAGGGAGCGACUGGAUGUGGACUUCAGUCAUCUCAUCGAUCAGUGUGUGGAUAAAGCCAAAGUUGAAGAGAGCGAGCAGAGAGCGGCUGAAUUCUCAAAAAAGUUCGACGAGGAGUUCAGCGCACGGCAGGAGGCAAAGGCUGAGCUGCAGAAGCAGGAGGAGAAAAUCAAGGAGCUAGAGUCUCAGAUCAACACCCUGCAGGCCCAGCUGACUAGUGAGAGAGACAAGCUAAGAAAGGCAGAGAAAAGCAUCAGCGAAAGAAACAGCAAGGUUGGGGCGGGACCUGGAGCAGCUGGUCCUAUUCCUCCACCACCACCAGGGGGAAUUGCACCUCCGCCUCCUCCUCCACCUCCUCCACCACCACCAAGUGGAGGCAUUCCACCUCCUCCACCUCCUCCUUGUCCUGCAUCUCUGGUACCUCCACCUCCUCCACCUCCACCCGGCUGCGGACCUCCACCACCUCCUCCACCUCCUGGAGGAGGCCCGCCCCCACCUCCGGGUAUGCCUUUGGCUCCUCCUCCACUCGUUGUCCAGCUGCCUUACGGGCUGGUGCCCAAGAAGACCUACAAACCUGACAGCGUCAUGAAGCGGGUGAACUGGUCCAAGAUAGUGCCUCAGGAGAUGGCGGAAAAUUGCUUUUGGAUCAAAGUCAAAGAGGAGCGGUUUGAGAACCCGGACAUGUUCAGCCAGCUUUCAAUGUCCUUCUCUUCUAAAUCCAGAGUGAAAAAGGACGUGGUAGAAACAGAUGACAGGAUGACACAAUUCAAGAAAAAAGCAAAAGAGCUGCGAAUUCUGGAUGCCAAGACAGCCCAGAAUCUGUCAAUUUUCCUGGGUUCAUUCCGUCUGCCUUAUGAAGAGAUCCGGGAUAUCGUGCUGCAGGUGGAUGAGGAGAGGCUAAGUGAAGCACUAAUCCAGAACCUGAUCAAAAACCUUCCUGAGCAGAAGGAGCUGAGCAAUCUGGCCGAGCUAAAGAAUGAAUAUGAGGAGCUUUGUGAAUCAGAGCAGUUUGGAAUUGUGAUGAGCUCAGUCAAGAUGUUGCGUUCCAGACUGAAUGGGAUCCUCUUUAAGCUGACGUUUGAGGAGCAGGUAAACAACAUCCGGCCCGACAUCAUGAAUGUGACAUUCGCAUGCGAGGAGGUGAAGAAGAGUGAAGGUUUCAGCAUGCUCCUGGAGCUGGUGCUGCUGGUCGGGAAUUACAUGAACUCUGGCUCCAGAAACGCUCAGACAUUCGGCUUCAAUGUCAGCUUCCUCUGCAAGCUUCGUGACACCAAGUCGACAGACCAGAAUACAACUCUUCUGCACUUUUUGGCCGAGAAAUGUGAAGAAAAGUAUCCUGAGAUCCUGAAGUUUCCUGAUGAACUUGACCAUGUUGAAUGUGCCAGCAAGGUAUCUGCCCAGAUCCUGAAAGCCAGCCUGGACACAAUGGAACGGCAUAUUCAGAGGCUGGAGAACGACAUCCAGAACUUCCCCAAGACUGAUGACAAGCAGGAUAAGUUUGUUGAAAAAAUGUCAGGCUUCUCCAAGCAUUCGCGAGAGCAGUAUGAGAAGCUCUCCACCAUGCACAAGAAUAUGCAGAAGCUGUACGAGAGCCUAGGGAGCUACUUCGCCUUCGACCCCCACACCGUCAGCAUCGAGGACUUCUUCGGAGACCUGGCUAACUUCCGCAGCCUCUUCAUGGAUGCUGUGCGGGAGAAUCACAAGAAGAGGGAGAUGGAGGAGAAGAUCAAGAGAGCCAAGCUGGCAAAGGAGAAAGCUGAGCGAGAGAAACUAGAGAGACAGCAGAAGAAGAAACAGCUGAUUGACAUGAACAAAGAAGGUGACGAGACGGGGGUGAUGGACAGCCUGAUGGAGGCCUUGCAGUCUGGUGCAGCCUUCCGUGACCGCAGGAAACGAACCCCACGCAACGGUGAUCAAAGCCCUUCCUGUUCUGCACCUUGGUGGCCGGGUGCUAACCAUGACGUUGCCUCUGGGAAAAGCAGACAACCGUCGCACUGGUUUGGAAAGAUCCCGUUCGCGCCACAAUGCAAACCCUAUGGUCCGAUGAUCGCUUGCCGGCUAAGGACGUUUGCCAAGUGCCAAAGACCCAAGAGUGGGGACAACACUGAGGAGGGCUGAAGAGGAAUGGAGAGAGAGCCCUUCGGCAUUCGCAUAUAUACACAUCCACACGUACAUGCAUACAGAAUGCAGAACAAACCUCAAGAUGUGUGUUACAGCUCCAGACACUUCAUCACAUGAUCACUCCUCACUGAAGCCUUAUAUACUAAAUGCUCUUGGUGCAUUGGGCCUAUCCAAUUUAGCGGUGUGUUUGUUUGUUAUUUCCAUGAUUAUACCAGUUCUGUUUAUAUCUCAGCACAUCUUACAAUGCUAACUCCCCUGAUCUGGCUCACGUCCACCUCGCUAUCUGCAAACAAUCAAUGAUUGGCUGCGGUUUGAUCUCUCGCUAUUGGAUUUUUCAACGCACAAACACACUCUUGAUGAAAAAAGGCCAAAAGCACCAUAAAGGACUGCAUGUUUCUGUAUGCAUAUCAGCAAAGGGACUUUAUUUGCUGUUGAUUGAACAAAACCUUGACUUGACUGUUUCUGCCUGCCCCUUUUUCUUUUUUUAAUUUUCUUUUUUUUUUAUUUCCAGCU